AUGGAGGAGGAUGAGAGAGAGUCAGAGAGUAAGCGCCGUUCAGCACCUCCCCAAACAUCUGACCAGCAAACCGCCACCGAGACCUCCAGACAAAAAGAAACGGACGAAGAUAAUGUCGAAACUAAGCUGGACAUCAGUUCAGAUAAGUUUGACCCUCUGCUCGCUCUGUAUUCCCCGCAAGUGCCAUUGCCUUACCCCAAUAUCAAGUGCUUUAAUAACAUCGCAGAAUAUGAGAGCUUCAUGAAAGGCGGUCGAGGCCGAGCGAAACCCGAAAAUGUGGAGAAAAGACUCCGAAAAGCACAGAAGGGUAAAGCAGACCCAGAGAGGAUAGAAAGACUGAAGAGACUCAUGGUGAACAACCCGGUUGAGGAGGAGGAGGGAAGCGGGGUCAAGCGAGCGCCACGACGGCGAAAAGCGGCCAAAAAUGUGCUUACCAGAAUGCCGCUGCACACAGGCAGUCCAUUAGGAGAGCUGAAUAGAUGCGUUCAGGAGAAAAUCAGAGUCAAAGUUCACAUCCGGACCUUUAAAGGGCUCCGAGGAGUGUGUUCUGGCUUUGUGGUGGCAUUUGAUAAGUUUUGGAACCUGGCAAUGGUGGAUGUGGAUGAAACAUACAGGGAGCCACUUCUGGGACAAGCUCUUUAUCACGAGAAAGCACUUACUGUCACAAGGCUAUUUGAAAAAUUAAAAGUUCAAGAGACCGUGGCUCUCAGCGCAGUUGAGAAGUCAGAGCUACACAGUAGUUCAUCUCAUCUCACAGACCAAACCAGGAGAACCGACCCCAAACAUACCCAGGAGAGAUCUGAACACUCUGAGCAAGACAAGACCACAUUAAAAGUGACACAGAAAUCUGAAACCAAGCCUAAAGUGGAGUAUGGAAGAGUGCACACCCGUCAUGUCAAUCAGCUUUUUAUACGAGGAGAAAACGUGCUUCUUGUGAACAUACAGCAGGACUAAAGACUACACAGAUUAAAUAUUUGUUUAGUUUACUUUCUAUGGAUAUCACCCAGAAAGGUUUUGUAAAAUGAGAGUAUCAUAUUGAUAUGUAUAUCAUCAGGUGAAAACAAUAUGUUAAAAGCUGAGUAAAACUAACUCUUUUU